AUGCGUUUCUUCGCCGUCGCAGCUCUCUUGAGCGUCGCCCUCGCUGCGCCAGCCUACGACAAGGCAGACGGCACAUGCUGCUGCUGCGAUAUCUCCAAGCCUGCCACUGUCUGUAAGAAAGACGUCAAGCCCGAAGACUGUUUCUGCGCAGCCGUCGUGUGUCCCGCCGGUGCCCCUACCGUCUGGGCUACCUCUACUUCUCCUGCAACCACCACUACAGCCGCUCCCGUUAAGCGCGAGGAAAAGACACCUGUCCCUGCUGGACCCCCUUGCUGUUGCUGCGACCCGUCAAAGAAUGCUAUCGUCUGUACCGUGCGUGCCGAAGGCGAGGACAACUCAUGUAUGUGUCCUAUGGUGAUGUGUCCCGCUGAUGCACCGACCUUGACUGUUUAUUCGGCUGCCAUGGAGACGGGCAAAUAA